AUGGACAAAAAAUAUAUAUCUACCAACGAGUUAGACAAGCAAGAGAAGGCUGCUUUUUUAGAGUGGAGAAGAGGUUUAGCCAGUCUCCAAGAUGAGGACAAGUUUCUUCUCACUCCUUUUGAGCGCAACAUCGAAGUCUGGCGACAGCUUUGGCGAGUGCUGGAGCGAUCUCAUCUUGUGGUUCAGAUCGUCGACGCCCGUAACCCACUCCGUUUCCGAUGCGAAGACCUCGAAGCCUACGUCAACGAUGUUGAGGGUCCGGAAGGCGAACAUGGGACAGGAGAAGACCUACUUACUGCGGCACAAAGAUGCCAAUGGGCGGAUUACUUUGAUCAACAAGGCGUCAAAUACGCAUUCUUCUCGGCGGCCAACGCUGCAGCCUUACAAGAGGCUCGGAGGGAACAACUAGUCCGACAAGAGAAUGUGAUGGCGUCGGAAACGGAGGAUGUAGAUGAGGAUUGGGAAAGUGGGGAUGAAGAUUCGUUGCCUAACGAAUCUGAGUCCGACCAAGAGUCACAUGAUGAUGCAUAUUUCUCAGCGGAAGAGGAUACACCUGAAGGACAAGAUCCAAGAGCCAAGGUCUUGUCCGUCUUGGAACUGGAGGGAUUGUUCCAACAAACUGCACCGCCACUCACUGGCCAGUUGCCUUGCAAUUUCCUGGACGCCUCUGGCCAGCCACCAUCCAAGCUGGUUGUAGGCCUCGUUGGCUACCCAAAUGUGGGUAAAUCAAGCACUAUCAACUCGUUGUUGGGGGAGAAAAAAGUCAGCGUCUCCUCGACUCCAGGCAAGACAAAGCAUUUCCAAACUAUCAACCUAUCGGACACGAUCACACUUUGUGAUUGUCCUGGUCUUGUUUUCCCUCAAUUUGCGACGACCAAGGCAGAUUUGGUUUGCGACGGUGUACUUCCAAUCGACCAAAUGAGGGAGCACACUGGUCCUAUCGCAUUGGUUGUGCGGAGAAUUCGGAAAGAAGUUUUAGAGGCCACCUAUGGACUGAGCAUCAAAGUUCAAGGACUCGAGGAAGGGGGCGAUGGCAAGGUAACCGCUGAAAAUUUUCUGAUUGCACACGCAAUCGCACGGGGCUACAUGCGCUCCGGUCAAGGGAAUCCUGACGAAGCUCGCUCAGCAAGAUACAUUCUGAAAGACUAUGUGAAUGCGAAAUUGCUCUUCUGCCAUCCGCCUCCCGGAGCAACAGAGGAGAGCUUUAACCGUCGUACGCAUGAACUCGCAAUGAUGCGUUUCGCGGAUAAAAAACGGGCACCAACCACCAGGGUCGGAAAGGAUGCCGACACAUUUGUGCCUCUGGCGAAUUCUAAUCAAGUGCAGCGACCUCAAGGAUUGAAGUCACAAGCUCUAGACAAGUCUUUCUUUGAAGAGAAUUCUGGGGUUUCUUCCAGGCCAUUCGUACAAGGUGGAGGUAGAGGCGGGCAAACGUUUUCGCGGUCACGCAUAUAUCCCCAUCAAAACGCCGUCGCGGACGAUGGAACUGCGUUGAGUGGCAGGCGAGCACGCAUUGCGUCUGUUCUGGCUAAUCAUGGAGGAUCGUCCAUCUGUGCCAAAGUCGUCAUUUCGAAACCCUUAGAGCAUGGUAUGCCUACCAGGCGUGAGGCUAUAGUUUUGUGCAUCAACAAGCCAGUCAAGAUCGGUAGACACCCUCACGCAGACUAUGUCCUCACCUCUCCGUUUACCUCUUUACACCAUUGUACUCUAUUUGCGGUACCAAGUCAAAACGGUGGCGUCAUUGUCUCUUGCCAGGAUUAUUCCCGUAAUGGCAUUCUUCUCAAUGGCUACCGUAUCGUCGAGAAGAGCAGCGUUAUAUUGAUGCACGGCGACAAACUGGAACUCCCGGAUGGCCAAGGUUACUUCUGCUCCGAUAUGUUUCUUAUGGCUGAAGCUCAUGCAGUCUUAACUUGCCACCAUAUCUGGAAGGAUCGUCACGAGAAAGUAGAUUUAUUCGACCCCACACCUCCGACUGUCGAACCAGCCAAGAUGAAGAAAAUGGCAAACUUCCUGAUAUCUAGCCAGAAACUUGGAAGUGGCUCCUUUGCGACCGUGCAUCUUGCGUUCGACAUGUCCAAUGAUUCUGUUAGACAAGUUGCGUGCAAGACGAUCCGCAAAAAGAAAGGCUACGACCUACAGCAAGUUUUCAAAGAAGUUACUAUUUUGAAUGGCUUGGCUCAUCCGAACAUCAACAAGAUUUUGGCAACUCACGACGACAACCACGAAUUCAUGUUCAUCUUCUUGCAACUUUGCACUGGCGGCGAUCUCUUCACUUACAUUACGACCAAUAUCGAGAAGAAUCGACCACUAUGCGAAGCUGAAUCCAAAUUCAUCAUGUACCAGAUCCUCCUUGGGCUCGAAUACCUACACUCCAAGAACAUCGCUCAUAGAGAUCUCAAGCCCGAAAACAUUCUCCUUCAUGCUCCUGGCCCAUAUCCGCGCGUAGUCAUCGCUGAUUUUGGCUUAGCUCGACCACACUCGUACCAAUCAACGCUCAACGUUUGUGGAACAAUUUCAUAUCUUCCGCCAGAGGGAAUAGCGGCGCUUAAUCAAGGGCAUUUAAAAUAUAUGGGCAUGCCUUCCGACUGCUGGAGUGUUGGUGUGAUACUGUACAUCAUGAUAUGCGGUUCCCACCCAUUUGAUCACGAUUCGUCCUCGUUCGGCUCUUCUCUGGACUGGAAUAGCCAUAUACGCGCGUCUCAUACUUCUUGCGUGUCAGACAACUACUACCACACCGAAGAUCGUCUCAAAAACAGGAUUCUUCGUGGAGAAAUCGAAUACUCUCCGUAUCACUGGAGACGCGUCCCUGAUGCCAAGACUCUCGUUUGCAGCUUGCUCACGUAUGACUAUUCGCAACGGGCAACUAUCCAGAACGCGCUUGACAGUACCUGGAUCAAAUCCGAACAGAAACUACUGGACGAUAACUACCACCAUCGAUGCUCUGUGUCAUAUGCUCGUGAUUUCGACUGA